CUUUUCUUUAUGAAUAAAAGCAUGUUUUGGAAAGGAAAAAGCAUACAGUGGUUAUUUGCUUGCUUAAGUUUAUUUUCCUUGUUAAAGCCUUUAUACUGUGAUGAACAUAACCAUGUGUAUAAAGAAGGUGAUGAAGUGGUUGUAUGGAUGAACACAGUUGGACCUUUGAAUAACAGACAAGAAACCUAUCCUUAUUUUCAACUUCCAUUCUGUCAAGGCCCUCAUUCAUUAGAACACCACCAUGAAACUUUGGGUGAAGCACUUCAAGGUAUGGACCUUGUUAACUCUGGUAUCCCACUUCAAUACAAAAAGGAUGAAGCCAACAAGUUGUAUUGUACAAAAGUGUUGGAUGCUAAAGAUAUUGAUGUCUUGAGAUAUGCAGUGGACAACCAAUAUUGGUAUACCAUGUUUGUUGAUGAUUUGCCUGUUAGUGGUAUUGUUGGUAGAGAUGCAAAUGAAGGGGAAACAGAAAGAACAACAGAUCCACAUUUCAAGGCACUGCAUGUUUAUACCCACAAAAGUUUCUCUAUUCAAUACAACAAUGACAAGAUUAUCUCUGUUAGUCUACAACAUGCUAGUCCAGUCGAAUUGAAAUACAAUCAACAAUCACUUGAAUUAUCAUUUACUUAUUCUAUUGACUGGAAUCCAACAGACAUUGCUUUCGAAGACAGAUUUGAUAGCUUGCUCGAGACAGACUUUUUUGAACACAAAGUGCAUUGGCUUUCUAUCUUUAGCAGUUUUAUGAUGGUUCUGUUCUUGACAGGUCUAGUGUCCGUUAUUCUCCUGAGAACUGUCAAGCGCGAUUUCACUCGAUAUGACAGAGAAGAAGGUUUGACAGAUUUUGACCGCGAUUUAGGGGAUGAAUAUGGCUGGAAACAAGUUCACGGUGAUGUAUUUCGCCAACCUCCUCGCCUUAUGCUCAUGUCUAUCUUGAUGGGUACUGGCUCUCAGCUUGUGAUUUUAUCUGCUGUUGUUAUUCUCUAUACAAUUCUCGGUGAUCUCUAUGCUGAGCGUGCUACUAUUCUUACUGCUACCAUUUUCUUGUAUGCACUUACCUCUUUUGUUGCUGGUUAUACUAGUGCUCGUUACUAUAUUCGCUAUGGCGGUAAGGAUUGGGUCAAGACAUUCAUCAUGACCGCUAGUUUAUGGCCUGGUGCUGUUUCUCUGAUCUGCGGCUUUAUUAAUACAUUAGCCAUUUAUUACAACAGUUCUCGAGCUAUCUCAUUCUACACCUUGUUGUCUAUUGUAGCAUUGUGGAUCUUUUUGUGUUUCCCUUUGACAUUGUUGGGUACUAUUGUAGGUCGCAACUGGGGCAGCCAGCCUGAUUUCCCUUGUCGAGUGAACCCUAUUCCUCGCCCUAUUCCUGAAAAGAUAUGGUAUGCAGAACCUUUGGUGAUUGUUAUGUUGGGUGGUAUUCUUCCUUUUGCUUCUAUUUUUAUCGAGAUCUAUUUUAUCUUUACAUCGUUUUGGACAUAUAAGAUCUAUUAUGUCUAUGGGUUCAUGUUAUUGGUGUUUGUGAUCUUGUUGAUUGUCAGUGCAUGUGUCAGUAUUGUCAGUACUUACUUUUUAUUGAAUUCUGAAGACCAUCGAUGGCACUGGGUUAGUUUUAUGACAUGUGCAUCUACAGCUGGUUAUGUUUACUUGUAUUCUAUCUAUUACUUUAUGGUCAAGACAAAAAUGACAGGUAUGUUCCAAACAAGUUUCUAUUUUGGUUAUACUGCACUUUUAUCGUUGGGCAUGUUCUGCAUGUUGGGCUUUGUUGGUCAUGUUGCUGCUGGUCAAUUUGUUCGCAAAAUCUAUCAAAAUGUCAAGAUUGACUAGUUCCUUGUAAAUAUAAUAUACAUACUUUUUUUUUCUAUAUACUCUUUUAAAGAGAGGAAAACAAGGUGCUUUUUCUAUGACGAUAUCAAAUAGACCCAAGUAAGCAUAAUGAAGAAAGACAAAAG